GAAGAUGAAGAUGCUGCGGAUCACCUUGCGCGACUUUUUGCGAAUGCUAAGAAAGUACCAGCUAGUGAUUCGAGGGAGAAAAAAGCACCGCCCGGAAAGUUUGAUAAGCAGUCGCUGAAACUCAGAAGAGAACGGGGAAAAAAACCAGAAAUCAGCGGAGAUAAGGAGGAAGGAGGAGAAAAAGCAGACACUCUUAAGGGACGCGAUGAUAGCGAGGUUAAGGGAACAAUGGGUCUUGAUGCUCCUCUGAAGAAAAUUCCCCCACCAAAACGUGAUCCCGCAGAGCGACAGAGGAGAAGAGAAGGUCAAGCAUCUCGUCCAGUUAAAAAGCCAUCAGAGAGGUUACUGGCAGCUUUGGGGGCAGCAACAGCGUCGAGCCGAUCUGCGAUAGCUUCAUCCGCCGCUGAUUUCAAAUCAAAGAAGUAUUCUGAGAGGAAUCGACGCAAAGGUAAGAAACUUCUUAAUGUUCUAAUUUUUUUCAGCUAUCAAAUGUAUUUUUGGUAAGG